AUCCAUUCUUCUUCGGCAAGAACCAUUCAUUUCUAUUGCCUAACAAGUUACUUUCACUUUUCCUCUCCAGCCUAUAGUAAGACAAGUUCCCAACUCCCAAAAAAGGAGAAAUUAAAUACCAACUAUUUACACAAAAAGCAUUCCAAUAAUCAAAAAGCUCCUCUUCAUAUAUUGCACAAAAUCAAAGUGUAUAAAACUUCCUUCAAGAAUCUUGAAAUAUUUUCUCCUUCUCGUCACCUUUUCUCCAAGAAUCUCUUUUUUUCUUUUUGUUAUUGCCCUUUUUGAUUUAAUUGAUAUAGAUCCUAACAAAAGCCCUUUUUUUCUUCUCCAUGUCUGACAAUAACCCUUUUCAUCAUGAUUAUGCAUUUCCUUUCUUUGGUGAAAAUCCCUCAAUUUAUAAUGAUCAUCAAGUACCACAAGCCAACACACAAAACCCUCAUCAUAAUCAAGAUUUUGAUUAUCCUUCAUCUUAUAUGAGUACUCUCACAGAGUGUUUACAUGGGGGGUCUAUGGAUCACUACAACUCUUUAUCAAGCGCUUUUGGCAUAAAUAAUAAUUGCUUAUCAUCCUCUGAAGUUGUUUGUCCACCUAUAGAUCAUCAUCAAGAAUCUUCAAGAAAAAAUAAUGUUGAUCAAAUUCCCUUGACACCUAAUUCUUUGGUCUCUUCAUCUUCUAAUAGUGAAGCUGGUGGUCAUGAAGAAGAUUCUUCAAAAAUCAAUAAAGAUCUACAAGCAGAAGAUCAGUGUGAAGAUGGAGAUGAUGAUAAGUCUAAGAAAGUGAGCAAAGCAAAGAAAAAAGGAGAAAAGAAGCAAAAGGAACCAAGAUUUGCAUUUAUGACCAAGAGUGAGAUUGACAAUCUUGAAGAUGGCUAUAGAUGGAGAAAAUAUGGACAGAAGGCAGUGAAGAACAGCCCUUUUCCGAGGAGUUAUUAUAGAUGCACAAGUCAAAAGUGCACUGUGAAGAAACGUGUUGAAAGAUCAUAUCAAGAUCCAUCAAUCGUGAUCACUACAUACGAAGGCCAACACAACCAUCAUUGUCCAGCAACUCUUCGAGGAAAUGCUGCUGCUGCUUUGUUAUCACCUUCCUUCUUAUCCUCACAACAAUUAAUUCAUCCUCAUGAACAACAACUCUUUUAUAAUCCAAAUCUCCCUAUUAAUAGUUCCUUCUAUAAUACUAAUUAUAACUAUCAUCAACAGCCCCAAUUAGGUCCUGAUUAUCAAUAUGGACUAUUUCAAGAUAUGGUUGCUUCAUUGAUCCGCAAACGAGAGUCAUGAUCGAGAAUUUAUUGAUCUAUUUUUAAUCUUGAGCAAUUAGUAAAGUACUAAAAGAAGUAUGGUGCAUUUAAUGCAAUUUCGUGACUUAUGUAUGCUAUUGGUAAUAUCAUGUAAAAAUUGUGUUGCUAACUAGAACUACUAUAUAUUUCUAGCAUCUUACGUACCAUAAUUUGGAGGAGAUGGGCUGAUGGAAAUACCAAGAAUGGUUUUCUUCAGUUAUUUGCAUGUGGGAUGAUUAACCAUUUAUUAAAUGAAGAUGCUAUUUUUUGAUGA